AUGGCGGCCCCUGAGACCAUUUUGCCUCAAGCCGGUCUGGGUCAGGCAGUGGUGAUUGCCCGCCCGUACAGCUCCAACCAGCUUCCCGGCCCUGCAAAACACAUCGAGCUCGGCAACUUUGGUCGCCUCGCUGCUCUUGCCUUUGAGGUUGGCCCCCCGCUCUUUGUGGAUAUGGCUAGCAAGGAUGUUCUACACCGUCUCCCAAACUGCCAUGCUGCCGAUAAUACCCGGGUCCGCGUCACCGCCGACGGCCUCAUCUCACUCAGCUGCGACCAAAACGGUGACGCAUGUGUUGUCUAUGUGCCCACACCGGAGCUCUUGGGCCACAUCACCCUGGCGCCUGGCUGCUGCGCUUUUGCCAUGACCAAGAGCGGGGAGUUUGCGUGGGCCAUCGAUCACCAAGCCCACCUCCAUGCUUGGCACCUCCCCACCUUUGCCAAGAUUGCCUCUGUCCCCAUGGAUCCCCAUGGGCAGUUUGGGACCGUAGUGGACGUAGCCUGUGCUGAAUCACACAGCACUCUGCUCGUUGCCUGGACCCAGGCCGUCGAACUGUUCUCCCUCGCUUCAGCCACAGACCUUACCAAGCGCGUCAGCCUUACCGCCACACACGCCAUUACCUCAGCCCUUGCGAUCAAUACCAACAAUACCCUCUUUGCCUUUGGUGACGCACAUGCCCGUAUUGCCCUCCACACCAUCGCCGAUGGUGCCCUUCUCAAAAUCUUCCAGCACUUUGACUCUAGCCGACCCAUCAUUGCGCUCGAUCUCAACGCCACCGGAAGUAAGGCCGUCUACGCCAUUGAACAAGACCCCUCUUUCUACCUUGCCAGCAUCACCAGUUCUAGCCUCCUGGCUGCCUAUCAUCACCUAUCCAAACCCGUUAAUGACGUCAAGUUUCUACACACCAUUGACUGCAUCAUGAGCGUGGGUCAGGAUGGGUUUCUCAAAACCUGGCCCGCCGACGUUUCGGGCUACGUGCGAGCAACACCCGGUCGCACACACGUUCCGGCUCAACCUCAGGCCCCCGUUGAAGAACUACCCGUGGCGACCGAGCUUCCCGAACACAUGCCCGCCCACGCGGCUUCUGCAAACAAACCUCAAGCACCCAUCGCCUCGAAUGACGUGCCCCCUCUGCUAGCGCGGCCUCGCUUUCUGGCCUCGGGCCCAAACCCCAACCAAGAGGACAAUCUUCCAGACCUGUUUUGAUUCAGGCCCCUCGUCAGCUUGAGACCGGAACACAACAACAACAACACGCGUUGUUUCCACCACCCUCCGCCAUCAACCGGGCAUGGUCGUUGUCUGUCUUGCCACCUGCCGUUUGGGACCCGAUGUGUUCGUCGCACUAGGGCUCGCUACGUGCUGGUGGCAUUGUGUGUGUUGUCAAGGGUAUCGGAGUGACCUACGAGUUUGGUCGCAAUUAUUGUUUGUGAACCCUACCCAUGCACCAAGUCCUGUCUCCUGUUUUCCGUUCCAUGCGCAAAGCAAAGAACAGCUUUGCGGUAAGAAAAUGCCGUCGUACAUUUGGAUGUACGUGUAAUUCUUCC